CAGUGCCCGCAGCUGUGGGAUGAGUAAAACUUCCUAAGAGGUGUAUAAGGUCGGCUGCCCUGUCUGGCAGGUGCUCUACUGCCAGCACCCUUCCUCCUACAGCUCAGCGACUAACACAGACCUGAGGGGAAAAAAAGAGCAGUAACCAAGAGAAGUAAUUCCACAAUGCCACAAAACGUCGUUCUCCAAGGACCGGCACCCUGGGGAUUCAGGCUUUCAGGAGGGAUAGAUUUUAAUCAACCCUUAAUCGUAACCAGGAUUACACCUGGAAGCAAAGCUUCAGCUGCCAACCUAUGCCCUGGUGAUGUUAUUGUAGCUAUCGACGGUCUAAGCACAGAGAACAUGACACACAAUGAAGCCCAGGAGAGAAUUAAAGCAGCUGCACAUCAGCUUUGUUUGAAAAUAGAGAGGGCAGGGACUAAAUUAUGGUCCCCACAAGUUUCAGAAGAUGGCAAAGCUCAUCCCUUCAAGAUAAAUUUAGAAGCUGAACCACAGGAAUUCAAGCCUAUUGGUACAGCUCACAACAGAAGGGCCCAGCCUUUUGUUGCAGCAGCAAAUAUUGAUGACAAAAGACAGGUAGUGAGCUCCUCCUAUAAUUCUCCAAUUGGGCUGUAUUCAUCUGGCAAUAUUCAAGAUGCACUCCAUGGACAACUGAGGGGUCUCAUUCCCAAUUCACCACAAAAUGGAUGCAGCACUCCUUCAGGGAUUGACUGUGGCAGUGGACGCAGCACCCCCUCUUCAAUUAGCACGGUUAGCUCUAUCUGCCCCACCGAGCUGAAAGCAGUGUCUAAGAUGGCCCCUAACAUUCCCUUGGAAAUGGAGCUUCCUGGUGUCAAGAUUGUACAUGCUCAGUUUAACACACCCAUGCAGUUGUACUCAGAUGACAAUAUCAUGGAAACAUUGCAAGGCCAAGUUUCUACAGCUCUGGGGGAAACACCCAUAAUAAGUGACCUAUCUCCCAACUCAGUGUCUCAAUCUGAUGUGUACAAGAUGCUGCAUGCCAACCAGGAGGAACCCAGUCAACCUCGACAGUCUGGCUCCUUUAAGGUGCUCCAGAAUUUAGUCUCCGAGGAAGAUGGACGUCCCGCGGGUACAAGGAGCGUGAAAGCACCUGUAACAAAGAUGCCUACUGCCAUGCCUGGCGUCCAGAAAGUGCCACUGUGUGACAAGUGUGGGAGUGGCAUUCUCGGAACAGUGGUGAAGGCACGUGAUAAAUACCGGCACCCAGAAUGUUUUGUGUGCUCUGACUGCGGUCUCAACCUGAAGCAAAAAGGAUACUUCUUUGUGGAGGGCCAGCUGUACUGCGAAGCCCACGCACGAGCUCGCAUGAGGCCACCAGAAGGCUAUGAAGCAGUUACAGUUUACCCAAAGUGUUAGUCUUACAGUAACACACAAAUAUAUGCAUGCACACAAAAAGCCAUUAACAGCUUAGGACUGCAGUACAAGUGUCAGGACUCCUGCUUGGUUCCAUAAUUGCAGCUUUUUAACCUUUUCUUGUGGGAUCCUGAAGGAGGUGGAAGUCCCUAUAAACCACCAGUAGUGUAUUAUACCAGUAAAAUUCUGCUAAAAGUUGUCAGUAUAACUCAAUACAAACUAAUAUAAACCAAAACAGCUACACUGAAAUAAAAAAGUCAAACACCUUAGGUAUAAUUAAUACAGCAUAUAGAUCAGUGCUGUAAUGAAGACACUAUUUUUAACAUAAGCUAAAUACCUAUGCAAAUAUCAAAGUCAAAAUGUCACAAGCUGGGUCCUAAUGAACUGGGAAACUUGACAGAUGAUUAUAAAAGCAGCUAUUUAACAUGGAUAGUUCAUAACAAGUUGUUCACAUCUGCUUCCACCAUCUAUUAUACAAUUACCAUUCAUGUAUGCCAAAAAUAGAUAUGCUUACUUCACUCCAAAUUUGGGGUUCUGUUGACUUCAUUUUCUAAUGCAGCAACUAUGACAAGGAAUAAAUAUUAAGUCACAAUAAAAUGGCUGGUUACUAAGAAAA